AUGUCUGAGUCGGAGUGCAAUGGAGGACCAGCUGGCGCUCUGGAGGUGCCGCGCUCCGCUGCAGAGGCCUUUGUGGAGGCCACAGGCCAGGCCCUGGCAUGGACGCUUACUGGUGGGGGCUCUGACACCCUGGGCUCUACGGGCAGCGGUGCGCAGAAAAAGCGUCUCCAGCACAACAAGCAUAAGAACCAGGGCACCAAUGUGGUGCACCGAUCACCACGCGCCCUCUUCUGCCUCAGGCUGAACAACCCCAUCCGCCAGGCUGCGAUCAACAUUGUCGAAUGGAAGCCCUUUGACAUCCUCAUCCUUAUGACCAUCUUCGCCAACUGUGUGGCCUUGGGGGUCUACAUCCCUUUCCCAGAGGACGACUCCAACAUCUCCAACCACAACUUGGAGCAAGUGGAGUACGUUUUUCUCAUCAUUUUCACAGUGGAGACUUUCCUCAAGAUUCUUGCGUAUGGCUUGGUGAUGCAUCCUAGUGCUUAUAUCCGCAAUGGCUGGAACCUUCUUGAUUUUGUUAUCGUUGUGGUGGGCCUCUUCAGUGUCAUCCUGGAGCAAGUUUCCCACAAGCCUGGGGAAGCCCAUCAUAUGAGUGGGAAGCCGGGUGGGUUUGAUGUCAAAGCCCUGAGAGCCUUCCGGGUACUGAGACCUCUGCGCCUCGUCUCUGGUGUCCCCAGCCUGCACAUAGUUUUGAACUCUAUCAUGAAGGCGAUGGUGCCCCUCCUGCACAUUGCACUCCUUGUCCUUUUCGUCAUCAUCAUCUAUGCCAUCAUUGGCUUGGAGCUCUUCAUAGGCCGCAUGCACAAGACCUGCUUCAUCAUAGGCUCAGACUUAGAGGCGGAAGAGGACCCAUCGCCUUGUGCAUUCUCUGGGCAUGGUCGAGAAUGCACGGUGAACAAUAGCGAGUGCCGUGGCAAGUGGGAUGGACCCAAUGGAGGCAUCACCAACUUUGACAACUUCUUCUUUGCCAUGCUGACUGUCUUCCAGUGCAUCACCAUGGAAGGCUGGACUGACGUGCUCUAUUGGAUGCAGGAUGCAAUGGGACAUGAACUGCCCUGGCUUUACUUUGUUAGCCUGGUCAUCUUUGGCUCCUUCUUUGUGCUCAAUCUUGUUUUGGGUGUGCUGAGUGGAGAGUUCUCCAAAGAGCGAGAGAAGGCCAAAGCCCGGGGCGACUUCCAAAAGCUCCGAGAGAAGCAGCAGAUGGAGGAGGAUCUGAAGGGCUACCUGGAUUGGAUCACACAGGCUGAAGACAUAGAACCUGAUGACGAAGAGGGUGUGACUGUGGCAGACCUCACAGAGAGGAAGAAGAAGAAAUGGUUCAGGCAUAGCAGCCACUCCACCGACACCCACACCAGCCUUCCUGCCAGUGAAACCACCUCAGUGAAUACAGAGAACGUUGGGGACGAAGAGCACCAUCAGAACAACAUCUGUGACCAGUGCCUAGGCAAGCUUUCCAAGACCAAAUUCGGCCGCCGAGUGCGACGUGUCAACCGUCAGUUCCGGAAGAAAUGUCGGCUGGCUGUCAAGUCAGUCUCUUUCUACUGGAUGGUGCUGCUCCUUGUCUUUCUCAACACCCUCACCAUUGCCUCUGAGCACUACAACCAGCCCGACUGGCUCACGCAAAUCCAAGCUUAUGCCAACAAAGUACUGCUGUCGUUGUUCACCAUGGAGAUGCUACUGAAGAUGUACAGCCUGGGCCUGCAGGCCUAUUUUGUCAGUUUCUUCAACCGCUUUGACUGUUUUGUGGUAUGUGGUGGGAUCCUGGAGACCGUCUUGGUAGAAUUUGAGAUCAUGCAGCCUCUUGGAAUCUCUGUGCUCCGCUGUGUCCGCCUGCUACGGAUCUUCAAAGUCACCAGGCACUGGGCUUCACUGAGCAACCUCGUCGCCUCCUUACUGAACUCCAUGAAGUCCAUUGCGUCCUUGCUGCUCUUGCUCUUCCUCUUCAUCAUCAUCUUCUCCUUGCUGGGCAUGCAGCUCUUUGGGGGCAAGUUCAAUUUCGAUGAGACCCAGACCAAGCGUAGCACUUUUGACACUUUUCCCCAGGCCCUGCUCACCGUCUUCCAGAUCCUGACAGGAGAAGACUGGAAUGCAGUGAUGUAUGAUGGGAUCAUGGCCUAUGGAGGCCCCUAUUUCCCAGGCAUGCUGGUGUGUGUCUAUUUCAUCAUCCUCUUCAUUUGUGGCAACUAUAUCCUACUCAAUGUCUUCCUGGCCAUUGCUGUGGACAACCUUGCAGAUGGGGACAAUAUCAAUUCCUCCAAGGAGGAGGAGCACAAGGAGAAGAAGACUAUAGCCAGGUUAGAGUCAGUGGAAUGUGGUGAGGAGGAGGAGGAAGAAGUAGAGGAAGGCAGCGAAGAAGCAGGUGAGGAGGAGGAAGAGGAAGAAGGAGACCAGCAGAGCUUGGCAGAGUCCCACCUUGACAAAUUGGAGGAGACUCCCAAGGAGAAGGUGCUGCCAAUUCCAGAUGGAAGUGCCUUCUUCUGCCUUAGCAAAACAAACCCGCUUCGUGUUGGUUGCCACAAGCUGAUCCAUCACCACAUCUUCACCAAUCUCAUCCUCGUCUUCAUCAUCCUCAGCAGCAUCUCUCUGGCAGCCGAGGAUCCUAUCCGGGCCCACUCUUUCCGCAAUAAUAUUCUGGGCUACUUUGACUAUGCCUUCACUUCUAUCUUCACUGUGGAGAUCCUGCUCAAGAUGACUUCCUAUGGUGCCUUCCUGCACAAGGGCUCGUUCUGCCGGAACUGGUUCAACCUUCUGGAUCUGCUGGUUGUCAGCGUCUCACUCAUCUCCUUUGGCAUCCACUCCAGCGCCAUCUCCGUGGUGAAGAUCUUGCGAGUGCUGAGGGUGCUCCGUCCGCUCCGAGCCAUCAACCGGGCCAAGGGGCUCAAGCAUGUGGUCCAGUGUGUGUUCGUGGCCAUCCGCACGAUCGGGAACAUCAUGAUAGUCACCACCCUGCUGCAGUUCAUGUUUGCCUGCAUCGGUGUCCAGCUGUUCAAGGGCAAAUUCUACAGCUGCACCGAUGAGGCCAAGCAUACCCCUGCUGAGUGCAAGGGCACAUUCAUUGUGUACAAGGAUGGAGAUGUGGCUCACCCCAUGGUGCGCGAGCGCAUGUGGCUCAACAGCGACUUCAACUUCGACAAUGUGCUCUCAGGCAUGAUGGCCCUCUUCACCGUCUCCACUUUUGAGGGCUGGCCAGCGCUUCUGUACAAAGCCAUUGAUGCCAAUGCAGAAAAUGAAGGGCCCAUCUAUAAUUACCGGGUGGAGAUCUCCAUCUUCUUCAUUGUCUACAUCAUCAUCAUUGCUUUCUUCAUGAUGAACAUCUUCGUAGGCUUUGUCAUCAUCACCUUCCGGGCACAAGGAGAGCAAGAAUACAAGAACUGUGAGCUGGACAAGAACCAGCGCCAGUGUGUGGAAUACGCCUUGAAGGCCCAGCCAUUACGGCGCUACAUCCCCAAGAACAAGUAUCAGUACAAAUUCUGGUACAUGGUCAACUCCACUGGUUUUGAGUACAUCAUGUUUGUGCUCAUCUUACUCAACACCAUUGCUCUGGCUGUACAGCACUAUGAACAGUCCCAGCCCUUUAACUACGUCAUGGACCUGCUCAACAUGGUCUUCACUGGCCUCUUCACUGUCGAGAUGGUGCUGAAGAUCAUUGCCUUCAAGCCCAAGCACUAUUUCUGUGAUGCUUGGAACACCUUCGAUGCUCUGAUCGUGGUUGGGAGUGUAGUGGACAUCGCUGUCACCGAAGUCAAUAAUGGAGGGCAUGUUGGAGAGAGUUCAGAGGACAGUUCCCGCAUCUCCAUCACCUUCUUCCGCCUCUUUCGCGUCAUGCGCUUGGUCAAGCUGCUCAGCAAAGGGGAGGGCAUCCGUACCUUGCUCUGGACUUUCAUAAAAUCCUUCCAGGCUCUACCAUAUGUUGCUCUUCUCAUUGCCAUGAUCUUCUUCAUCUAUGCUGUCAUCGGCAUGCAGACCUUUGGCAAAGUGGCCAUGCAGGAUGGGACACCAAUCAAUCGCAACAACAACUUCCAGACUUUCCCGCAAGCUGUGCUGCUGCUCUUCAGGUGUGCCACAGGAGAAGCCUGGCAAGAGAUCAUGCUGGCCAGCUUGCCGGGCAAGCGCUGCGACCCUGAAUCUGAUUAUGAGCCUGGGGAGGAGUUCACUUGCGGCAGCAACUUUGCCAUCGUCUAUUUCAUCAGUUUCUUCAUGCUUUGUGCCUUCCUGAUCAUUAACCUCUUUGUUGCUGUCAUCAUGGACAAUUUUGACUAUCUGACCCGAGACUGGUCCAUUCUGGGUCCCCACCAUCUCGAUGAGUUCAAGAGGAUCUGGUCGGAGUACGAUCCUGCUGCCAAGGGUCGCAUCAAGCACCUCGAUGUGGUGACCCUCCUGCGCCGGAUACAACCACCCCUGGGCUUUGGGAAACUCUGCCCCCACCGAGUAGCCUGCAAGAGGCUGGUGGCGAUGAACAUGCCCCUCAACUCGGAUGGGACGGUCACCUUCAAUGCCACCCUCUUCGCCCUGGUGCGGACAUCCCUUAAGAUCAAGACGGAAGGAGACUUGGAUGUUGCCAACAAGGAGCUCCGUGCUGUUAUCAAGAAGAUCUGGAAGCGGACCAAGCCCAAACUGCUGGAUGAAGUGAUACCCCCUCCAGAAGAGGAGGAAGUCACAGUUGGCAAGUUCUAUGCCACGUUCCUGAUCCAGGACUAUUUCAGGAAGUUCCGUAAGCGGAAGGAGAAGGGGCUGCUGGGGCCAGAUGGGUCCCCCAGCAACUCAACUGCCUUGCAGGCUGGACUGAAGAGCUUGCAGGACCUGGGACCGGAGAUCCGCCGCGCCAUGUCCUGUGACCUGGCAGAAGAAGAAGAAGGGGGGGAAGCAGAGGGAACCACAUGUGAGGAGGAGGCAGUGACCUACCAGAGCUCUGAGGCAUUGUAUGGCUCCGCCCCUGACCACCAAACCUCCACCACUGCAACUUCACCAGACAGGGAGAACAAGACUUUGAUGAAUGGCCUCGUGGGCUCCCGGCACCCCUCCAGUGUUGGCCUUUCCCACAUGACCAAUGGGCCAGCCUGUUAUGAGGAGGAUGCUGCUGAUAACCACGAACCUUCUGAACUGCCCAACAUGCCCUCCCGGCGCAAGAUGAGCAGACGGAGCUCUGAGGGCAGCUGCAUCCCACCAACGGUGCACAAAGAAGCCACGCAUGGCCAAGAUUAUGGGGAGGACACCUCCAUUGAGCAGGGAUACUACAGCCGAGAGGAGGACUCUGAGAGCCUGGCCUCCCGUGACAGGCCGCCUGCUCUGCACAACCCACAACCCCGCCGUCGUCACUGGGACAAUGGCUAUGGCGGCUCCUUGCCGCUCCCCUCCCGGUGCAUCAACAGUGGGCUCGUCAACGGAGGAUUGGACAGCCGGCAAACCAAGCGUAGGCGCCUCUUGCCUCCCACACCCACAGGCCGUAAGCCAGCCUUCAGCAUCCAGUGCCUGCAGCGCCAGGGCAGCUGUGACGACAUCCCCAUCCCAGGCACCUACCACCAAAAUGCACCACCCUGCCGUGCACGUGCACAGUCCUGGGCCACCCCACCAAAACGGGGCCGGUUGCUCUACGCCCCACUGAUCCUGGUGGAAGAGGAUGGCCUGCCAGGGUGCAGCUGGGAGAAGAACAGCAGCAGCCUUCCUCCCAUGUCACGGGCACGCUGGUACACGAACGAGCCCGAGCUGCCCUACCGCACCUACGGCCAUCUCCACGUGCCCAGCCAGCUCAAGCACAGCUACAAUGACAAGCGUGGCAGUGCAGACAGCCUAGUGGAGGCGGUGCUCAUCUCAGAGGGCCUUGGCCUUUACGCACGGGACCCCAAGUUUGUGGCCUUCACCAAGAGAGAGAUAGCAGAUGCCUGCCACAUGACCAUUGACGAAAUGGAAAGUGCUGCAACAGACUUGCUGAGCCGCAAAUUUCACAGUGGCGUCGGGAGCUUGGGUCCUGUUUACAGUGACGAGGAACCCUUCCGCUCCCGUGAAGAAGAGGAUUUAGCUGAUGAGAUGGCCUGUGUCCCCUCUUAUUGA